GGCGAGGAGCGCCGGCGAGCGCAGCCCGGGACCGAGCAGGGCGGUGCGGCUGGCGGGGCAGGCGGCGGCGGCGGCUGCGGCUGGAGCGAGAGCGCUACGCCACGCGACCGCGGCUUCCCGAGCUCCGCCUGGCUGCCCAGCGCCGCAGCCCGCCCGAGGCCUGGAGGGGUCCGGGUCGCCGUCCAUGGUCGCGGCGUCCUGAGGCGGGGGACGCGCCCGGCGCCCCCAGCCCUCCUCCGCCUCCUGCUGUCGGGCGGGCCGCCUCCUCGGGCGCCUCCCUGCGCCCGCCCGCCCGCUCGCCCGCCGCCUCCCUCCCUCCUUCCUUGCAGCUCCCCCGGCUUUCGGGGGCCCGGGGGCGGCCUGUGGCGCGCCGAGCCCGCGCCGGACUGCGCCUCUUUGGACCUUGAGGGGAAACAUGCGUUUGGCUUGGAUCGUUUUAAAUUCUUAGUUUGGGAUCCCCGCUCGCCUGCCUCUUCCGCCCGCGGGUUUUCUUUUCUUUUUUUCUUUUUUUUCCUUUUUUCUUUCCCGGUCUCCUUUUUUGACUCCCUCCCCCUUUAUGCUCGCCCAACCCUCCCCCCGCUGCUGAGAAGUGGGGGAGGGUCUCGGCCUCCAGGUUCCCGCCCCACCGGGGCCCGGGCGAGCAUGGGGGGCAAGCAGAGCACGGCGGCCCGCUCCCGGGGCCCUUUCCCGGGGGUCUCCACCGAUGACAGCGCCGUGCCCCCGCCGGGAGGGGCGCCCCACUUUGGGCACUACCGGGCGGGCGGCGGGGCCAUGGGGCUGCGCAGCCGCUCGGUCAGUUCGGUGGCGGGCAUGGGCAUGGACCCCAGCACGGCCGGGGGGGUGCCCUUUGGCCUCUACACCCCCGCCUCCCGGGGGACCGGCGACUCCGAGAGGGCGCCCGGCGGCGGAGGGUCGGCGUCCGACUCCACCUAUGCUCACGGCAAUGGUUACCAGGAGACGGGCGGCGGUCACCAUAGAGACGGGAUGCUGUACCUGGGCUCCCGAGCCUCGCUGGCGGAUGCUCUACCUCUGCACAUCGCACCCAGGUGGUUCAGCUCGCACAGUGGUUUCAAGUGCCCCAUUUGCUCUAAGUCUGUGGCUUCCGACGAGAUGGAAAUGCACUUUAUAAUGUGUCUGAGCAAACCUCGCCUCUCCUACAACGAUGACGUGCUGACUAAAGAUGCGGGUGAGUGUGUGAUCUGCCUGGAGGAGCUGCUUCAGGGGGACACGAUAGCCAGGCUGCCCUGCCUGUGCAUUUAUCACAAAAGUUGCAUAGACUCAUGGUUUGAAGUGAACAGAUCUUGUCCAGAACACCCCGCGGACUGACCCUGCUGGGCUCGCUUGCUGACUCCUCUCAAAGAUUGCCGUCUGCUGCCCGGCCAGAACCCGCUCAGUGACAAAACGACCAGAGCCGGGUUCUCGCCACUCGCAGAGCAGAGCUCACAGCCCUCCCGUGCCCAGCACCCGGCGGUCUCUCCAUCAACCGCUCUGCCUUGGUUUUUUUUGUUGUUGUUGUUUGGUUGGUUUUUUUCCCCAAUUUUCUGUCUUGGUUUUGCACUUUUCUCCCCUUGGGACCCUGAUAUCUUGACUUCAUUGCCAAAAACCAACCCACUGAGGACCUUCUCCCCCCCUCCUUUCCAUUUCUCCUCCCCUCUUCCCUCCUGGUUCUGGUCAGUUCAGAGGAUUUAACAAUCACAAGUGUCCUGCAAAAAUGCCUGAACGUUUUUCUUAGACCCUUGUGGAUUUUUUUUUUCCAGAAAACCUAGACAAACAAAAGACUUAUUAAAGGGAUAUGUACAGCUGCCCGUUUUCAGGCAUUCUGUUUGAGAACAUUCUAGCCAUUGAUGUUCACAUGUGGCAUCAGCCCCUGCAAGAUAGGUUUCUGUAUUUAUAUUUUAAAAUACAAAAAAAAAAACCUUAUAAAAUGUUUAAAACGUUCAAAGCUGGGGGAAAAGGCUUUCUUCAUUAGUCAAGGUGUUUUGAUAUGGUAUUAAAAUAAUGUCUAAUAAAAGAUGCACUGUGUGACUUCA